CGCCUCUCAAUGAGACGUAAACAUUUCACCAUCGCAUGUAAACUGUCCCGUUAUAUUUAGACCAGGAUGUGACUCUUAAAAAUCAGCUUGAAUUCUGUCAGUAUACAUAUUAGGUAAAACACGAAAGGUACAGUUUGCAGUUUGCUCUGAAAUCCAGCAAAAUCAUUGCUACAGGCGUUGUUGUGUUACUGUCAGCGUUGCCAAGUUGUUAUUGACAAGCAAACAGAAUGAAGUCUGGUUAAUUCUGUUGCCAGCUCUGUCAUAAUACACUAUUCAUACCAAGUCAAUCAGAGUUGGCAAAGAAGUGUUUGGUCCAGUGGUCUGCCAAUCGAGGUUCUAUCAAAGUGACUGCAAUUCCACCAUGGUGCUGAAGAGGUCCAACUGCAGUGUCAACUCUGGGAACACGCUGAGAGUCAGGUACCACCGCCAGCGCUAUGCAGGAUCCCGGGAUCACCUCCUCAGCAAAUUUUACAUGAAUGGAAUCAUCCAGCCAGCUGAUUUUGAAGAACAGAAUGCAAACAUAUUAUUGACAUCUGAUGAGUAUGUUCAAGACGGGGGCCUGGCAAUUCAGCAGAACUUCCAUUAUCCUCUUGUCUAUUCAUUGAAUAAAAGGAAGCGUUGGCUGCUACGAGAGACUGUCACCAACACCAUUCGCGAUAUGGCUGAAGAAACUUGUGAGGAAGACUUCAAGAUUACACUGGUUGAAUACGUUCACUAUGGGAACCCCAUUUUCUUGUCUCGUUCGAUCGCUAUGUGUUGUGAGUACUGGGACAGUCACAACGUCCAGCCACAUGUGACUGCCCGAAAGGAUGCCUCCUAUAUUACGGAUCUACGAAAACUGGGGAAGAGUGAGGAAGAAGAAGGGAAGGUGACAAGGAGAAGAAAGUAUCACAACCAACAUAAGCGUGGAAUACAGAGGAAGGAGAAGUUGCUCGCGGAGAGGGAGCAGCAUCAGCAACCAUUUAUUCCCAGGAACCAUGGCAACCUUGCAGAGCUCCAUGGAUGCCCGGAGAUUCGCUACGAGUUGUGGUCACCAGCAGAAUACACAUCUAGAAAGGCAUUCUACAAAUUAGAUUCUUACAGCAGAAUUUGGGAUAAAGCAUCAACUUAUGGAAUGAGACCAAAUAAGGCACUGAAGAAAAGUAAGGGACUUCGCAGCAAAAGAGACAGGGCUGAGUCCUGGUUCGGGUUCUCGACACAAGGCUUGCAGGAACAGGUAGAGCAAGAACAGGAACACCCUGGAGGCCUUGGUGAAGAAUGGAUGUGGCAGUUGGAGGGAGGGGAGGAAGUGCAGGAACGAGAGAGGGCAAUAGAAUUGGAUUUGCAAAUACUAAUGAAACAUUGCUCCUGGAAGACGAAAUGGUCAAGGAAAGCAUGUAAGAAGGAGAGUGUGACAGACCAGGAGACAUACGUGUUUGUGACUGAUGACAAAAGGAAGAAGGUCAAGGUCGAAGUCAAGCAGAUAAGUAGAGCAUCUUCCUCAUGGACAAAGAAGUACGGGAAAGGUUGUGCAGUUGUGUUAGAGACAGAUCCAUAUCCAGCUGCUGAUGAUGAUGAUGAUUUUGAGAUGGUUGAUGAAAACACAGACUGUGAGAAUCUCUCAGGUCUGGCAGGGGAGAUGCUGGAGCUCCUGAAGAACCACCUGCAGGUGUUCAAUGAUGACUUUUGUGUGUGCAAGGUGCCCAUAGUAGACAUUGUGCCGAGAAAGCUGGCAGAAGUAUAUGGACCCGGGGUUGAAGUCAGUCUCAUCCAUCCUUAUGCAUUUGUCAUUAACCUUGGGAGAAGUCAAGGUCACUGGUGCAUGGUGUGUCAAAUGUCCCCUGGAUUGGGCUUUUGGCCCGACCCUGAAUCUCAAACCAAUGUUGCUCUUAGGGUUACAUUGCAAGGGAGGGUUCCUGAACCUGAUGUCCAUGCUGUGAACUCAAGUCUACGGAACAUUCUGAAGGGAGGCUCCCGGUCAGGACACACUCUGGCGGAGUUACUUGCCCUUGCCAAUGAAGUCAUUGAAGAAAUGUUAGGACAAGCCUUGUCAGUGAAAUCCACCAAGUCUCAGGCAGUUCUUUGUGGCAACAGAACAAUCCACAAGCACCUUUUCUCCACGUUGACUGAAGUGAAGACAGCUGAGGAGGUUUACCUCGAGGACAAACACGAUGAACAGAUACUCCCAAGUGUUGCCCGAAUUGACCUUCUAAAUCUGAUUGACCUUGACUUUGACCUGGUAGAGGAGUGUGCAAUCUGUUUUGCAUCUUGGGAAGGGGAGAAAUGGUCUUGGGUUUCACAUAACGUGUCAUUGUUGCCAUGCCGACACAGCUUUUGUCGACAGUGUUGGCAACUCUACCUAUGUCAGAACAUCAAGGAAGGGAAGACAACUCUAUAUUGUAUGGAAUAUGGUUGCCAGACUGAGGUAGAUCCUGCUACAGUUACCUCCCUUGUUCCUCCUAAAUUUCUCACAAGAUGGCAGCACCAGUGUGCUGAGAGUCAUGUGACAAAAGCAGGGGACUGGCACUGGUGUCCUAAGGCGGGGUGUCAGUAUCUCGCCAAGAUCGUCAAGCCACAGGAUAAAAAGUCUCAACGGCUGUGCCGGUAUGGAGUUCCUGUUCAGUGUCAUUGUGGGGAGCUUUGGUGUCUCCUUUGUCAGAAGUCAUCUCAUUGGCCAGCUCUCUGUAGCCAUGGUGACAUGUACUACAAGAUGUUGCUGGAGAAUGGUAGUGAAAUGGGUCGACCAGUUGCAUCGAAUAUGACAUUUUUCGUUAAGCUGAAAAAGUGUCCGCGUUGUAAAUAUCCAAUGGAGAAAAAUGGUGGCUGCAGUCACAUGACCUGUCGAUGCUCACACCACUUCUGCUGGGAGUGUCUGGGAGAUUGGGACAGCCAUGUCUCCACAGGUCUGGUCUGUCCCGUGGGGAAGAAGGACGUGAGCACGGUGGAAUUGGACUCGGCGGCAGUGAUGACGUUCCAUGCAUCCCAGUACCAGAACUCUGAAAGUCACCGACAUGCCUGGAAGAAAAUGACCACUACAUUUAUGAGGUCGAGGGUCAACCUGCUGGUCAGCACCCAGAGGAAGAACAUGUGGAGGAGGUCCCCCAAUGCCAUGAAUACAUCCCAACUUGAUGCAACUCAAGCAUUCUUCACAGACAUGCUGGUGUUUGUGCGAGAUCUCCAUCAGGUGCUGGAGAACUGCAGUGUGCUGCUGUCCAACACCCCCCGAUCCUGUCAGCCCCAGAACCUGAUCACCUGCACAUCUCAGCUUGCCUUCACCACAUCUCGACUUGAGGCGACGUUGAACUCACCAGCACUGAAACAUAUGAGGGGCGAACUGCUGACUCGACUGAAAUCCCUGUACUACCUGGCCUGGUCAGCUGUUGACCGACUGGCAAUGCUGGCGCCAUUUGUCCAGGCAAUGGUGGACUCGCACUCACGACAAUCAGCAAGACAGGGAUCAAGAAACGGGGACACAAAACUGACUUCUUAAUAUUUGCAUGUCACCAUGAUUACUUUCUGUACUGAAGAUAUGUGAAGAGACAGAUGAUAAGGGUUAAUUGUUGGGGUACCCGAGGGGUUAAAGCGUUCACUUGUCUUGUGAUGCCCAUUUAUGGUGCCCUCACUGUGAUAUUGCUGGACUAUUGACGUAAAACAAUACUCGCCCACUUUAGACAGAAAAGUGGGUACUUUACUGUGAUAAUGUACCUGACUUAAAUCUUAGCUCUGACCUUCUCCUAUUGCUGGGUCUGAAUCUUGACAACGAGUGAUAUCAUUUUGGAGUAUGUAUAUGUGGUACAACAUGUAUAAUAUAUGUGUAUACAAUAUGCAUAUGUAUGACGCAGUGUGUGUUUGAUACAUUUUGUAUACGAUGUGUAUAUGCAUAUGUGAGUAUGGUACAGUGUGUGUGUAUAUGUGUAUACGAUACGAUAUGUAUAUACAUGACAUUUGAGUAUGAAACACUGUGUUCUAUACAAUGUGUAUAUGUGUACACGAUAUGUAUAUGUGAGUAUGGUACAGUGUGUGUGUGUGUGUGUGUGUGUACGUGAAUAUGGUACAGUGUGUGUGUGUGUAUGUGUAUAAGAUGUGUAUAUACAUGACAUUUGAGUAUGAUACAGGGAAUCUGUGAUACGAUGUGUAUACAAUAUGUAUAUGUGAGUAUGGUACAGUGUGUGUGUAUGUGUAUACAAAGUGUAUAUACAUGACAUGUGAGUAUGGUACAGUGUGUGUAUGUGUAUACAAUGUGUAUAUACAUGACAUGUGAGUAUGAUACAGGGCAUCUGUGAUACGAUGUGUAUAUGUGUAUACAAUAUGUAUAUGUGAGUAUGGUACAGUGUGUGUGUAUGUGUAUACAAAGUGUAUAUACAUGACAUGUGAGUAUGGUACAGUCUGUGUGUGUGUAUGUGUAUACAAAGUGUAUAUACAUGACAUGUGAGUAUGGUACAGUGUGUGUAUGUGUAUACAAUGUGUAUAUACAUGACAUGUGAGUAUGAUACAGGGCAUCUGUGAUACGAUGUGUAUAUGUGUAUACAAUAUGUAUAUGUGAGUAUGGUACAGUGUGUGUGUAUGUGUAUACAAAGUGUAUAUACAUGACAUGUGAGUAUGGUACAGUCUGUGUGUGUGUAUGUGUAUACAAAGUGUAUAUACAUGACAUGUGAGUAUGAUACAGGGCAUGUGUGAUACGAUGUGUAAAUGCAUGAUAUGUGUUAUGUGAAGAUCUAAUUGUUCAAGACAAUCAGCCUGACAUCUUAAAGAGAGAGAAUCAUUACAACACACUGCAGUUGUACCAGUUCUGUACCACGGAGGAAAUCUCAAAGUUUUAGCUUCCAACCAAACAAUAGAGCAGUCGGAGAAUAUGAGCUACGAAGAAUUACAGAAUAUCUAACCCGAGUAGAUUUAAUGGCACCAAGGCUUGCAACCUUCAGCAUUAGUUUACAAGGGACAGAUAAUCUGUUAUUCCUGUUUAUAAACCUCCAGUGAUGCUUUACCAUUGUUACAACAGGUUGUUCUUUUCUCUGAAAAUCCCUCUGCCCACGGGAUUCUCGAGCUGUGCGCUUUUGACUGAGAACUUUCGAGUGCUACUACAAUUGAAAUUUCAGAAUUAAAGUUAUGUCAUGUAAACAAGAAAGCAUCUUCAUAUCUGUCGGUUUAUAAGUCAGAUAUAAACCUUCUCCUAAGGCUAUCCGGGAAAAUAAUGCACUCCAGCGCAGGAAAAUCCCUUGGGCCUACGGCCCGUGGGCUUUUCCUUUGCCGGACUGCAUUAUUUUCACGGAUAGCCCGCGGAGGCGGUUUAUAUCCUAUACAUGUAUUACCCAUUGGGUUUUUUUUUUGUUCGAAAAUUUAGAGAUAUAAGUUGAUAGUCAAUAUAUUGUUGGAACAUCAUCUUUGAUUGUUUACAGUGCAUUUAUUUAUGUUUCAUAUUUUGUGAUGUUUCAAACAUUUUCCCUGGAGAGAUUGUGUCGAGUCUCAGCAAUUGAUGAUGCACUGAGGGGUCAACAUGGGAAAUAUGCAAGUGAUCUGUCAUGUUGAACACUGUUUCAUACUGUCCUGCAGUUCGACACAUUGAGACAUUCAAUAUCAGUGUUGUCUGUAGGAUACAGGAGGAUCAAGGGCUAUACAUUGUUAUGUAUAUGUUUGUUGGUGUGAGAUAUGAAACAUUGUUAUUUAUAAGUUUGUUGGUGUGUGAGCUUUGACACAAUGUUAUUUAUGUGUUUGUUGGUGUGUGAGAUAUGACGCAUUGUUAUUUAUUACUGAAUCCUCCAGAUCUGAUAUUCUAAGUGAUACUGUAUUUUUAUUGAGAGUGUUGUAUAUUUCCCUGUUACGUUUGUUACAUGUAACAGUUUAACCUGCUAUGAGAACGCAGCUGUAUCAAGGAACUACCCUUAUCCAGGUGUCAAUGCCUUCAAAAGUAAUUUUAUCAUUUUUCUAAUUUUAGGUGGUUUUUUUGUAUGCAGUCUAAUCAAGUAAAAAUAAUAUAGGCCUUAUAAAAUGACUUUGUGUCAAUCUCCAAAUACUGUUUUAAAGUUUUUAUAGUGCUCUUAAAUUUGGAUUUUGUGUGCACCCAGUGUCUUUAAUAUGAUUUGGAUGAACUCUUCAAGGAGUGUAACAGUGUGAAGUACCUGCGCAUGAAGGAUGUCACGAUGUGUCUUCCUUUCUUUCUUUACUUGAUGAUAGGCACCAUAUAUAUACACCAUAUAUAUGGUAUACCAUACAUACACCAUAUAUACACCAUAUAUACACGGGGGCACAGGUGGCCCAGUUGACUAAGGGCAUGCCAGAAACCUA